AUGGAUUAUACAUAUACAAAUCCACAACAACCAUACAUUCAACAACAACAACAGCAACAAGCAUACCAAGGCUAUUCAAAUGAAUUUAAUAAUUCUAUUCCCCCUUCUUCAACUUUUUUUUAUCAACAACAACAACAACAACAACAACCGAUAGAAAACAACGGCUAUCAUCGUUCUACAGAAGGAUUUCCAAGAAGUGUUUUAGAUAGAGCAACGGCUGCAAAACUUCGUUUGGAAAAUUAUUAUAAAACUGCUCUUGAGCAAGCACAUGAAAGAAAUCAAAGACGAACCGAAACUGAAAAUAAAUUAGCACAGGAAAAUUGUAGUGAAGAAAAGAAAAAGAGACAAUUACAAUCUUUAGGUAGAAAAGAAUCUCGAUAUUUGAGAUUACGUAGAACAAGAUUAGGACUUGAUGAUUUCAUUACUGUCAAAGUUAUUGGUAAAGGAGCCUUUGGUGAGGUUCGAUUAGUACAAGCAGGAGAUACGGGAAAAAUUUAUGCAAUGAAGACAUUAAAGAAAUCGGAAAUGUUGAAAAAAGAUCAAUUAGCACAUGUAAAAGCAGAACGAGACGUGCUAGCUGAAGCAGAUUCACCUUGGGUUGUUCAACUCUACUUUUCUUUUCAAGAUACACAAUAUUUAUAUUUGAUUAUGGAAUUUUUACCUGGUGGCGACUUGAUGACGAUGUUAAUUAAAUAUGAUACAUUUAGUGAACCAGUUACCCGAUUUUAUAUUGCUGAAAUUGUUUUAGCUUUAGAAGCCAUUCAUAAUUUAGGAUUUAUUCAUAGAGAUAUCAAACCAGAUAAUAUCUUAAUUGAUAAAGAUGGUCACAUUAAAUUAUCAGAUUUUGGUUUAUCAACAGGCUUUCACAAGACACAUGAUUCCCAAUAUUAUCAACGUCUAUUAGAAGGUGCUCAAAAUUCGACAGGUCCUGAUUUUAUUAAUCUCAAUACUCAUAAAGAAAAGAUUGCAACAUGGAAAAAGAAUCGUCGAGCAUUAGCUUAUUCGACAGUAGGUACACCAGAUUAUAUUGCACCAGAAAUCUUCUUACAAAGAGGUUAUGGACAAGAAUGUGAUUGGUGGUCAUUAGGAGCGAUCAUGUUUGAGUGUCUUUGUGGAUACCCUCCUUUUUGUUCUGAAAACCCUCAUGAUACUUAUCGUAAAAUUAUGAACUGGCGUGAGACAUUGAUCUUUCCAGACGAUCAGCCUAUUAGUCGAGAGGCGGAAGAUUUGAUACGUCGAUUGAUAUGUGAUCCUGAACACCGUUUAGGAAGAAAUGGAGCAGAAGAAAUUAAACAACAUCCUUUCUUUUAUGGUAUUAAUUGGGAACAAAUCAGGAACGAAAGAUCUCCUCAUAUACCUCAACUUAAAAGUAUUACUGAUACCAGUUAUUUCCCUACUGAGGAAUUAGAAGCUGUUCCUGAUACAGUCGAUAAUCAAGUCUAUCAAACAGAUACUGUGAAUGCUCAAAAGGAUCUUGCCUUUGUUGGUUAUACAUUUAAGCGUUUUGAUUAUUUAACUAGAAAGAAUGUGUUAUAAAUUCUGUUUAUAGUUUUUGAAAGAAUAGAGAUAUACCUUAUUUUUCUUUCUCUGUUUAUAUAGAUAACGUUUUGCUUUAUUAUUGCAUUGUUUUUUUUUGUUAAAAUAACAUAAAAUUAUUUCUCUUUUUAUAUAAAUAUAUAAAAAUAAAAAUAACGUACAGAGUAUCUAUUUC